AUGACCGCACUCUACCUGGAGGAAAAUAUUUACAAUCUGCUGCCCUCAGAAGAGACAGAACCCAUCAAAACGCAGCGGUAUGUGUCAACAUUCAAACCAUUGGUGGAACGUGAGACACAAGAGAAGAAGACAGCACCGUGCAAAACGAUGGGAAUACCCAAACUCCAAGUCCCCACGCCAAGAGACUUUCUCCGGAAACAUUCAAAGGAACCGAAGCUUCCAAAGCGAAAAAGAGGUCCGGGCAGUAAGAGACCACCAGAACUGCACGUGCCAUUAAGGACAGACCACCCCAUCAUGGGCAUCCACAGUGAGAAGAAUUACAUCGCUACCAACGUCGCUGAGGCCAUCAUGGCAGUGGCUAAGAAACCGCUACAUGCAUGUGUAGACGUGCGAAAGGGAGACAAGUUUCUCAUCGACGAUUCAGGACUUGUUAAAAAGUACCUCAAGAAAAAGGAUUUUGGUGUUACACCAAUAUACAUUAAAAAGCGAAAGAAGGAAGCAAAGACAGCCCAGGAAGAGACUGACGCCAGCCUGGAGGAGGCCCUUGAGCAGAAAGGCCUGACGCGGCUCUCCAGGGAAGAGAGGGAAAACGUCCUGGAGGGUCUCAAGCACAACUGGGAGGAGAUCAAUCAGGAAUUCCAAAGCCUUUCCGUGGUCAUCGACACGGUGCCACGGAAGCUUCGGAAAGAGAAAAUGGAGGUGCAGAUGCGGCAGCUGGAACAUGACAUCAACAUACUGGAGAAACACAAAAUGAUCUACAUUGCCAAUGAAUAAGGAGGCCCUCCGAAAUCCUGGCCACGAUCCAAGCCAUUGGCGUCAGUGGGAGAGUUGCGCACCUGCUUGCAUCUCUCCCACUGAAAUCACUGAGACUUAAAACAUGGUUAACUCUGGGUGGAUUGUGCCCAUUUUUAUUUUAGAAGCAAUUAAAAAUGAAUCUAUUUUCUACAGCAGGGCUGGGGAAAUGUCUGCCCCCCCCUUCCCAGAUGGUGCUGAAAUCCAACUCCCAUCAGGCCCAUCCAGUAUGUCCAGUAGUCAGGAUUGAUGGGGCCCGAAGGCCAACGACAUCUGGCAGCCCACAA